AUGUCUUAUGCAUUAUUUUUCAACGAUAACAGUAACGGUAGUCUUCAUCACGGUGAAGUUAAUACUACUGAGAGACCAAUAUGUGCUCAGAAGGGUCUUUCAUGUCCAGCCUUAUACAACACCAUGGAACUCGUUUCUUAUCUUACAACAGUUGCUGACUUCAUAAUUAUACCACUUUUGGUUUAUUUAUCACUUUCGAAAGUGAAGGAUGGUAUAUUCAAGUAUUUUACACUUAAUUUAAUGGCAAUUUGCUUCAUAAUAUCUAUAGCUGAUCUUGCGGUAGAUAUCAUAAACAUUAUAAAUCUCUUCGUUGACGUAGGCGAAAAUAAAAAAAACUUAUACCGGAUUCGACGUUGGGCAAGACGAUGUUUAAGUUUUGGAAAUAUUUGGUUUCAUGCCUUAGCUCUGUAUGCAGCUGUUAUUUGUUAUUUACCUUAUGCUAAUCCAAUUUUCUAUACGAAACAUUUUGUAAACAAGAGUCAAAAACUUCAUUAUGUCAUUCUUCAUAUAUCGCUAUUUUUGUGGAACAGUUGCAUAGAUUUUAUCAGAGAACAAUUCGCAAUUGUUAUGCCAUAUCAUCUAACGCAUCUUAUAUUAUUCACUGCUUUGUUCACUGUUGCUCUGAUGGCAUCCAUAGGAAUAUAUAAAUACAAACCACCCGGAGUUAGUGCUACUAGUAUUGGAAAAUUACGACGAAAACGACUAUUUUCAUUUGUUAUUUAUUGCUAUGCCACUGAAAUUAUAGUUUUGCCACGUUUUCUUUAUUCAUUAACGUCAAUCAUUUGCGAUUAUAUUGGAUGCGAACAUCAAUUACGACAAACUCUUUUCUAUACUAUUAUACGUCGACUGAUUCAUAUUUUUCAUGAGUUGAAUUCAAUUGCCAUUGGUCUAAGUACCAUUGUUGCGCUUGAACCUUACCGUCAUGCAAUUCUUUCAAUAUUUCGAAAACAAAGAUCAUCGAUUACAAAAGUUCAGCUAUUAAAUAGAAAAAUUGUAGACAUCAAUAGUGGUGCAACAAUGAUCAACAAUAUUGCAAUAACAAAGGUGGAAAACUAG